UCUAGAUCUAUUGACACUUUCAAGCAAUGAAUCAGAAAUGAAUAUGUUUCAUCCUUGAUUGCUGAACCACCUAAAGAAACUGUUUACGAUGCCAUCAUUGGUCUGUAGAUACGGUCUGUUUUGGAGAUGGAGAACCAAACUAUCAUCUCUGAAUUUAUUCUUCUGGGAUUUCCCACUGGGAUAGAGAUCCAGUCCUUUCUUUUUGUUACCUUCUUCCUAACCUACCUAUUAACCAUCCUGGAGAACCUCAUCAUUAUUUCAGUAGUAAAAGGUAACCGGAACCUCCACAAGCCCAUGUAUUUCUUCCUGGGAAAUCUGUCCUUCUUGGAAAUAUGGUAUAUCAGUGUCACACUUCCAAAAUUGUUGGUGAACUUCUGGUCAGAUAGCAAAAGCAUUUCCUUCCAGAAUUGCAUGGUUCAGCUCUACUUUUUCAUCUCCCUUAUGUGCACUGAGUGUGUUCUUCUUGCUGUAAUGUCAUACGAUCGAUACAUAGCCAUAUGCAACCCUCUUCGCUAUCCACUUAUCAUGACCCAUAGAUUAUGCUUCCAGUUAGGUGUUCUCUCCUGGUUAUGUGGUUUCUCCAUCUCCUUUGUCAAAGUCACCUUCAUCUCUAGACUGAGAUUUUGUGGGCCUGGAAUUAUUAAUCAUUUUUUCUGUGAUAUUUCCCCAAUACUCAACCUCUCCUGCACUGACAUGUCAGCAGCUGAGCGAGUGGAUUUCAUCUUGGCCUUGGUCAUUCUCCUGGUCCCACUUUCUGUCAUAAUCUUGUCCUACCUCUUCAUCAUCACUUCCAUUUUCCACACCCCCACUUCCCAAGGAAAGAAAAAAGCCUUCUCAACAUGUGCUUCACAUCUAACUGUGGUCAUCAUUUUCUUCUCAACAACAGUCUUCAUGUAUGCCCGACCUAGAAAAAUCCAUCCCUUUAACCUCAACAAAACAGUAUCCAUGUUCUAUGCUGUAGUCACACCAGCCUUGAAUCCUCUCAUCUAUUGCUUGAGAAAUAAAGAAGUGAAAGAGGCAUUAAGGAGAAAUUUUGCCAGGAAAUGUCCACUUGGGUAA